AUGGAUGAAUAUUUUAAGAGAAGUGGCCAAAUACCAGCUUUUGGAAACUGGGAUUUUACGAAUGAUUUGCCAAUAACUCAAUACUUCGAGAAUGCAACACAGGCUGGCUUGGUUCGUUACAGUUCUUCAUCUGGUGAGAGUGACCCUUAUUUCCAUGGAGAACAAGAUCUGUAUGCGGUUGAUUAUAAAAAACCAGUUGGAAAGUCGACGUGGAACAGAGAAACAAGAAUGAGAAAACUGGACAAAGUGUACGACGUAACAGAAUAUCCAAGAAAACAGCCGAUGAAUAACAAGAAGGCAUUACAUGUAAACGACGUCGUUGUUCGUAAGGCUCCUUUACCAACCAGACUUCCAAAACCAGUCGACGAAGAUCUCUACAAGAUUUCUCCUCAACCUGUUCGCAAAACCAAACGGAAAAAAAUGUUGGGUUUCAUUUCCAUGUGUCUGGUGCCUACUGCCUGCGUUUCAUGA